CGGCCAUCUUGAAUAUUCAUUAUUUACCGACGCCAUUACUGACAGUGUUUUUCAUUUAUAGUAGGUCACGUCGUUUUUUUGUUACUUUUGCCAUAAAAAUAACAACAAUGAGUGAUAUUGAUCCAGAAAAGUUGAAAGUUGCUGAAUUAAGAGAUGAACUGAAAGCAAGAGGAUUAGAUACAAAAGGGAAUAAAGCCGCUCUUGUUGCUAGACUGAAAGAAGCAUUGGAGGAUUCCACGGGCGGUAAGAGUAAGACACAUUUUAUCAUUUUAUAAAAAUCUUAUACUUAUAUGCGUAAAUUACUAUCGUGCAAUUGAUUUGUAUUCUAAAACUGUGCAUGUGAUUUCCACUCAGCUUAUCAAAUUUAUGAAAUAAUGGCUUUGUUAGUAGGCUAAGCAUAUUUUAGGCCUAAAAAUUAUAAUUUGAAUUUGAGAACCAUGGUAUGAAUGUGGCUACUGUGAGUGAGUGAGCGUCUCAGUGACUUGAGUGAUAGAUCACCCACUUCUAAGUUCUGCCUAAUCAUUAUUUUGGAUUGGAGGGCUAGAAUUGAGUUAAAUUUUUAUAGUGUAAAUUUUGGGUUAAUGGUAUGGGGUUUGAGUUGUCACAGUGACAUCACUUUGGGCGGGGAAUCCCAACUCUGGACUAAGACAUAAAGUUGAACAGACUAUACUAUGACUCAUGACGAAUUAUUGGACUGAAAAAUGUGUGCCUCACUGAGCAUUACCUGCAACCUAAACUAAAUCUGACAAUCGCUACGGUUAAUAUGAAGUAUAGUAUAUCAAAGUGAAAUUUUCCAUUAAUUUGUAUUAAAAUACAACUUACAAGUUUCAAAAGAAAUAAUUUUAAAAAGGACUAGCGCUAAAAGUGCUGUUUUUUAAUUAAGUUGACAUUAGAAAUACAGUGGAACCCCCGCUAUAACGCGAUGAUCUGGGUACAUAAAAUCGGAAUGCGUUAUAAGCGGGGUUACAUUAAUUCGCGGAUUUACAAUAUUUAACUUUUUACUGAGAACAUUUAUGCAUAUACUAUGUACAAAUGAUCAAAAGUCGGCUUAUCAUAAGAUGAAUAUUAACUGGAAUGCAUUAAUUAAGAUAUAUAUUCAAAAUAAUCGAUGGCUAAUAUAUUUAUAAGUUAUUACUGUGCUUUAAAAACAUUUACAAAUUUUUAUUUGUUUGAACGAUAAUACAGAUUGACCGAUAAUACCAGACUAUCACUAUGUCAUGAAAAGUGUAUCAACACUGUAUGCUACUGUGCCGUCGUGGCAUGCAGUUCAUCCAUAAUGGAUGUAAUUUCAUUUAAAAUCGUACAAAUUUAAAAUAAUCAAUAAAUUUGUAAUAGUCUGAAUUUGUCGUGUAAAAUAUAGGAUGAACAAAAUAUUGAAACCAUUUACUUGCCGUCUGAAAGGAAAACAAAAACUUACAUUAAAAUACCACCGGCCUUACCGCUAACCCAAACUCGGCCAUUUUUUAAUAGUUAAGUACCUUUAAGCCCCUCCCCCACUCUAAAUACUUUACCAAAUUAGAAAUAAAGUAAUUUGCUGGGAGAGACCCCUUCCCCACUUUCAAAAAUAUAAAAUAAGAAAACAAAAGGUGCAUAUUGUUAGGUGAAUCAGGUGAACACAUACAUAAAAAUCAAAAUCUUAUGAAUAUGGCACUAUAGGCGGAAGUUGACCUGGAGGAACUUCCGUGACCUAUAGACAGCCGGCCUUACGCCUUACCAGUAACCCAAAAUUAAACUUUUUAUAGGUGUAGUAAAAUAAUAUAUUUUGUUUGUCAGGAAUUUAAAAAGUUUUAUAGUUCUUUUAUUUUUUUCCCCAUAAAUAUGUAUUAUUACUAAUUAUAAUUAGGGUUACAACAUUAAUAAUAAUAAUAUUAUUAAUCUCUUAUGCAAGUUGAAUCAGAAUACAUAUCAUACUAACAAGAGGCAAAGGUAGAAAUGUUUUGUAUCACUUCGGUAUGCAGCAAGACCCAUUUCUUUCCUCACAUAUUUAGUCUCAGCUGCAGGUGUUACAGUUCAUACUUAGUACUGCACUCAAGGGUAAAUUGUAUUGACCAAUUAUUCAGCAGACAAUCAAUAAUCAGCCGAUUAGGUGGUAACUGGCUUUUUGACGAUCAGAUGAUAACUGGCUUUUUGACGGGACUAAUUAUAUGCUCUCUAGCUGUGAGCCGAAGCUAAAUGUAAGGGUUGGGGGGGGGGCAAAUGUCGGCGAAAGUUUAAAUCAAAUACACAGCCACUAAUUCAUUUUUUUAAAUGGAUUAGAAAUACAAAUACCAGCAUCAAAGCGGUAAGGGUGAGGACACCCUUUUAUUUUAUUUAAGAUGAUGCCUUGUUAGGAGUUUUACCAAUGAAGAGAUCUUUACUUUGAACCAAAGGCUCUUUCUCAAAUACUUUUUAAUCCCGAUAUAGUUUUGAAAAAGAAUAAAAUUAUGUAAAAAUCAUGUUAAUUUAUGAUGGCCACUUUCCCGUGGGCUCCUUAGAGACUAGAGGUGUCAACUGUUAUAACAUUUUAUAACUUUUUUUUGUACCCUGUAACAAAUAGGGGAAACCCAAAUAAUAGUGAUUAAUUUUUACAGAGUAAUUAUAUAAACAAAAAAGCUUAUGGUAGAAGUUUUUUUCCUGUAAAGGCCAGUUUAUGAAAUAAAAACUUUUUGAGUUACUUCCUUUUUUAUAAAGGAAGUUGUGCCUUAACUUAAUUUAAUAAAUCAAUUACAUCAUUAAGCCUAGGAUAAUUACAUAAGAUUCCAAUUUUGGCAGCUGAUAAUGAAGGAGAAACACAGGGUGACCAAGAAGGCGAUGAAAGCCAAAUGGAAGAAGCUGCAGAGGGACAAGAAGAAGAGACUUCAAAGGUUGAUGAGGUAUUUUUCAUUAUGUAUAAAUAUAUGUAUUUAAUUUUCAAUAAAGGCACAUCUCUGAUCAAAGUAAUUAACAGUCAUGAAAUUGUGAAGAAUUUAUGUGGCAGCCAACUGAGAAUUAACAGUUUUUAAUUUUGUAAAAUUUGUAUCUAAUUUGGGGAUGUUAAAAACAUUGGCUUUGAAAAUAUUUUUGGUUUUUAGGCAACAUUAAUCAAAUUUAUUUUUUAUAAUUUAUUAAAGAAAGUCGCAAUAAUAAAUAUAUACGACACAAAGUGAAUACUUAUUAUUUUAAAAUUUGACAUUUUAAAAAAAAUGUGCCUAUUAAUAUUUUAAUAUCUGACAGGAUGUUCAGCUUUUAGAUGAAACCACCACUGAUGGUGAUGAUCUAGCUGAACAAGAAAGUUCAGACAAAAAUCAGAAUAUUGAGGACGAUGCUGAGAAAACUGAGUCCCAAGAAGAACAGAAUACCGAAGCUAAUGGAGAAGGAGACGAGGAGCCACCAGUUGUUUUAGGAGAGGAAUUCAGAACUAUAGAUGAAACAUCUCAAGAUGAUAAUGAAGAAGGUACUUUAUGUUUCUUAAUUUUCAAAUUUCAUUGCCAAGUGUAAAGUGAUAAGCUCUAUAAAUUAUAAUGUAAAGAUACUUAAGCAUAUGCUACAUUUUUGUAAAUAUUAACCCUGGACACGUACCACAUUUUUUGGAUGUUUUUAAGAUUCUUUAUAGCAUUACAGUCAUUAGCUUAUUGGUGUAUAGAAGUGUUUCUUUAAAAGGAGUUUUAAUUUUUUCAUAUGUUUAAAUAGGAAAUACUGAUAGAAAGCGCAAACGCUCUCGCUCACCUCGUGAUCGACAUCGAAGGUCUCGCUCAAGAUCUAGAGACCGCCACAGGCGAAGCCACUCCAGGGAGCGAGAAAGAAGGCACGGUAGAUAUUCUCCACCACCAAGAAAGGUUGAAAUGGAUGACACAGCAUGGGAAACAUUGAAGACCUUUGUCUUGGAUCGCUGUAUGUAAAAAAAAAUAAUUCAAGAGUCAUUAUUGAAGCAAAGUUUUAUAAUUUAAAAAUUUUUUUUUUUUUCCUUAUUAAAAUUUAAUCCAUUUUCAGAGGAAUCCCUAUCUUUUCUUAUGCAUGAUGGCCUUUAUUGCCAAGGCUCAUAACUCUCUUAAGGCCAAAACCAAAUAACUGUUAUUGUUAAAGUCUGUUCACAUCUCUAUUUUAUGCAUAAUGAAAUCGUCUGAGUUUGUCUAACAAUUUCAUUUGUAGCCAAUAUUUAUGAGGACUGCCAAAUAAUGUUUUAAUUAUUUAUAAUUAACGUUAAAUGUGUAGCUUUGAAGGCUGAAGCCAUUAAGUAGGGUGUGAAUGCAAAGUUAUAGGUUUGCAGACCUGUUUACCCUCAAACUCUUAAAAUCGUACAAUAUCAUCACAAAAUCGUUCAAUACCUUUUAUGUAGAGUAAAAAAUAAGCAUACAGUAUAUAUAUUUACACCUCAAAAUCGUACAUUGUACGCCAAAAUCGUAAGAGUAAACAGGUCUGGGUUUGCUACAUUAAGGGUCAGUCUAAAAAAUUGUAAUAAUUCGUAAAUGAUGUCCAUUCUUUAUUGUUUUUAGAUUUUGAAUACGACCUUAACUUGUGGUGUUUCAAUCAAAUUUUUUCUUUCGAUCUUUUUAAAACAUAUUUAGGAAGCAAAAAACAAAUUUACUUUCAUGCUAUGUUGCUGUCUAUAUAGGCAUGUAUUAACCAUUAACAAGAUAAAUUGUUUUUUAUAAAAAUUUGUUUUCAGAUGAUGCUGAUAUGAAUCUAAGAUUUGAUGACAACAAUAUAAAAGCUCAUCCACUGACUGUUGAUGGGUUUGCCUACAUGUGGUCUGGAGUACGAGCUAUGUAUGGAGUUCACAAAGGAAAGGUUGCUUAUGAAGUGAAGGUAGUGCAAUUUUUUUUUCAACUGAAGUAUAAAGAUUUUUAAAUUGUAAAAUUUUUAAAAAAACUUUUGUUAUAAUUUUUGUUUAAAUUCAAUAUUUUUAAAAUCUUUAGACAAAUUGAUUUUCUUGAUUCUCAUGAAAAAAUUAAGGUUGUAAAAUAUGCAUUGUUAAAUAUAAAUAUGUCAUUUUUACCUACUACUGUUGUCUUAUCAGGACUAAUCUAAUUCUAACAUGAUUAUUGGAACUUUUAUCCAUGUCAUGAUAAGAGGGGAGUGAAAAAAAAUAAUUUAAUGUGCAAUAAAUUUUAUUUACAGGUUCUUGAAAAUUUGAAUGUGGAACAUUUGUCACGUGAUGAACCAAAUCCACAUAUACUUAGAGUAGGUUGGUCUGUAAAUUCAGCAUCAUUGAAUCUUGGUAAGUUUUUAAAACAUGUUGACUUAAAAAAACCAUAAUGUUGAACCAAACACCAGCAGAAAUAUUUGCUUAACUUCUUUUAGAGCACGGAUUGGCUGUCUUUAUUUAGACUGGUCUCAAAAUUCUUAACUGUGCAGUAGCAUGUACCUUAACAAAGACCCAUGUUAAGUGACUAAAAAACAAGCUUUUUGAAAAUGGGAUGAAAAAAAUGGUGUACCAAAAUUAAUGUAAGAAGUGAAACUGCAUAAAUUCACUCAUGAGCCUAACUGCUGUCCUUCGUCACCCAAAGCAGGUUGGACUUGCUUAUCUUCAUGGUCAGAAAAAUCUGUUCACAGACAAGCUUCAAUGGAAACACUUACCUUCAUUUCUGUGGAAAUUUCAGAAAUGUGUUUCUGUCUAGAGAUUUGAAGAGUUAUUGGGAUGUAAAGAAUCCUUCAACCCUAUGUGCAUUAGACACACGUUUUAUUUUGGUACUUAUCAUAUAUGUUGAAUGUUAAAAACUGGCUUUUUCUAGCGCUAUAGCAUGUUUGAUCAAUUAAAGUUAAAUAACUUAAAAAUUUGAAACAUAAUAACACUUGACAUUUUAGCAGAUAGACUGUUCUGAAGAGAGUAAGGGUUCAUUUUUCUACCUUGUUUUAGAGCCUUUUUUAAAAAAUGGCUGUUCCCAUUCAAAAGACUGUUUUGAUACCAUUUAUGCUGAAUUUUAACUAAUUAGACAAUGUAGUUCAUUGUUGAUAAAAUUUGACAUUGUCUUCAACAACUUUGUUUUGGCUUGGAUUAGUAAUAGAAGACACAUUUCAUUGCAAGCAAUGGCAGCUGUAGUAUCAUUUUCUCAUUUGGCACCCAGAAGAUAUAGAAAUUACAAUGGACUUAAAAAUGCCUCCACAUGCCCAUAUUAUAUUAUAGUUUACAAGUAAUACAUUAAUUUAUGCAUAAUUUCACCACAGUGACAGGUGAGCAACUAAUGGAACAUUUACAAAACAAAAUCUGAUUCCAGAUUAUUUCUUUACACAUUCAUAUCAUUUUUAUAAGGUGAAGAGGAUCUCUCUUAUGGUUACUGUGGCACUGGCAAAGCUGCAACUGGUUGCAACUUUGUUGACUAUGGACAGAGCUUUGGUCCAGGAGAUGUCAUUACUGCUUAUUUGGUAAUUAUGUGAUUUUUUAUUUUUUUUAAAGGGAUGUGUAAAGUAUCUCAAAGGAAAGUUAUUCACUUGAUAUUUAACGCUUUCUCUCCGGAACAACGCUCCCAUCGUCGAUUUGAAAUGAAGAUUUUGGCUAUGUAUAAAAACCUGUUUAUUUCGGUUCUUUUCUUAGCUAUUGGUUUUUAAUUAUUUUAAAUCAAUUCUAGAAUCAUUUCCCUUUGUAUAACAUCUGUUUUUUUUGUGUUUGAACAAGGUUUUGCGUAGAACGAAGUGUUUGAAGCGGUUGUUUUCAUUGUCCAUUUUAUUAUCGUUUACAAACACGAAAACUUGAUCUGACCCAUCUGGUGAUCGAUCUAAUAAAGGUUGAAAAUAUUACUCUGAUGAUGAUUCAGACAGUGAUUUUAUGAUUUCAAAUGCAGAGGCUGAUUCUGUUGAAUGGUAUGAUUAUAAUCCUAGUAUUAGUAGUACUAGUGAUGAAAUAAUGAAAUUGGGGUAAUUCAUCACCUGAUGAACAACCAGCCACCCCCUCCCCGCCCCCCCCCCCCCCCCCCCCCCCCCACCCCCCACACCCACACCCACCCCCCCCCUCCCCCCUCUCCCCCAGCUAAAGUGCACAUCCAUAUGGAUUGUUUUUUAGGCCUACCAUAGCUAAACCCAGAUGAAAAGAUAUUACAAAUUUAUGGUAAAUGUUCCAUUUACCAUAAUAAAUGUUAGUACAUACAAGAAAACAGUGCAAAUAUUUUAUAAUAGCAACAAAUUGUUUCCAGUGGAAAUAGUUACAUUUUUUUCGCAAAUUUUUUUUGUGACGGUGACAAUGGAUAAUGUGCUCUGGUGUUUAAUUUCUCCUUUUUUUAAAGUUGAUCUUUAUUAUUUGUGAUGCACAUAUGGAUAUAGUUCCGGAAAAAAAACAAUUUUGUUACACUUUGGAUUAUAUAUUUCUCUUUGUGUGACUUGGAAUGAGCGUUUUGUGAGCAGUUGGUACAUUUUAAAAAAAUUAUUUAUUUUCCUGAAAUGAUAAUCACAUUUAUAUAUUAAAAUUUAAACCCAAGUCUGGUUUGCUUGUAAAGGGCAUACAUUCCCCUUUAAUUCAAUACCAAACUUAACAUUUUCUGAUGGCAAACAAAAAAGUUAUGAUGGUUUAGAGAUAGCAUAGUAGUGCCUAACAAAUAAGCAAAAUUUGAUAAUUCGUCAGAACGCUGAAAAUAAUUCCUGAGAGAAAGAAUUCAGCUUGUGUGUUAUAAGUAUGUUUAUUUUAAUAAAAUAAUUUAUUCAAAUUUUAAUGCUGAUUAAUUUUUGUUAUAAUUCAGGAUCUAGAGAAUGAUCCUGUCAUUAUUUCAUAUGCCAAGAAUGGUGAGGACCUCGGCACCUGCUUUGAAAUAACCAAAGAGAAGUUGGGAGAAAAUGCAUUAUUUCCACAUUUGAUGACAAAAAAUACAGAAUUUGAAUGUAACUUCGGUGCAAGAGUAAGUGUUACAUUUUAUUUCCUUUUGUUGAGUUGUUGCCAAUGUGAUAGUUGUAGAUCAUUCAAGAAGAAUCUUAAAUAUUAACUUUAGAAUUAAAAGCCAAAAAAAACAAACAUUGUAGACAACAUUUAAGUUACUCAAAUCUUAAUAAUUUUUAAGGAAGGACCAUACUUCCCAUUGAAGGACGAGUUUAAAUUUUUGGAGGAGGUUCCAGAAGAAGAGCGUGUGCGAGGGCAUACUCCUCCUGCUACUAAAGAAGAGUGUGAGGUUUGUAGAGAUUUAGUACUGUUAAAAACUCAUUAUUUUAAGUCAUUUCCUUUAAGCAGGCUUUGUAUAUUUUGAAUGAAAUAUUAUGCCAUUGAACAUUGUGGCAACUGAAAUUUUACACAAUUUUCUUUCUGUUUUGUUUUUUUUACAUCUUUUCAGUUCAUCUGCAAUGGUCACUUGGAAAAAAUAUUGUAUGAUGAUUCCUCAUUAACCCUUUCUUUAUUGUAGUGCCCAUUAACAAAUUAUCUUCAGGACCAAGCAAAUUGAAACAACUCCAGUUUGGCCAUUAAGUUGUCGACUUUAAAAUUUAUUACAAAUCAAUCUUUCAUCCAAUUAUACAAAAAUUAAUAAUGGUAGAGAAAAAAUAAAAUAAGUCUACGUUAGAACCAGUUAAACCUAAAAUUCCUCAAUGUCAGUUGAACACAAAAUUGGUUAGACCAGUCACAUCUGUCAACAUUGUCUUGAUUUUCUGACCAACAUGGAACAUCAAAAUGUUAACUAAUUCAAUAACAUUUCUUUUAUUAUUAUUAUUAUCUACUUAUGGAAUUAUUUCUUCAUCAAAUGUAUUAUUGUAGAUAGUAACAUCCCACAUACUUGCAGUUUGAAACACUCAGAAGGGUAAACGUCAUUAAGCUUACAUCUGCUGUUAACAAAGCACUAUUUAAAAAAAAUUUCACAAGUUGCGAUUAAUCAAACGCACACCCAACAACCCCAAUAAAACGAGCUUGAAACUUACUGUUUAUAAAUAGGCUAUUUGUAACUACUUAAGAAGAGUUACUUUCAUUAGGCAAUUUUGAAAAUGGCAUAUUGUUUAGGUAUGAUUUGGUUGUAACACGACUGAGGCGUAAGGGCCAGAAAGCCGUAUGGCAACUGAAAUGGUAUAUAAAAUUAAAGCUGUUUUAUAAAGGUACGUUCACACUAACACACAAAUCUCAGUGGUGAUUUCACAUUCAGAAUCCACUGACACAGAUAUCCCAUGUAGGUGUUCGCUUGGGUUUCCCUGGUUUGGCUUACUUCUGGUAAAUAGGAAUUAAGUUUUCCUCAUCCAUGGAUUCUGGGAAAUGCAGAGAUAAAAUUAAUUUAAUUAACUAUUUAUUAAAACUGAAUUAAGCUACUCAAGAGUUGAUUUUUAUAGUUGUUUGAUUGCUAUCUGUCUAUUACUUAUGUUAAGGGUAGUUGACUGAUUUGUCACUGCAUGCUAGUUGCUUCAUUUUUCGCGGCUUAUUCCUAGUGCUUAGUAUUUCAGUAUUACCUCCUGGUGGGGGAAUUCAUCGUCUGACAUAAAACACUGCUUAAAUAGACUGAUCAAGAAAGCUAGUAUCACCACAUUAACUAAACAGCCUUCACUUGAGGAUGAGGAACUAUUUGAAGAAACAUGCUGUUGUAAAACUAAAAAUAUUUUGGAUGAUGCAUCCCAGCCUAUUCAUCGCCUAUGAUCAGCUCGAUAACCACGAGUUCUUUCUGUUAAAGUUAGGACCGAAAGAUUAUUUUAUUCCCCAGGAUUUCAUAUUUAUUUGCUGAAAAUGAAUAUGUACAAUGUGAUAAAAAAAAUUUGAUUUAUUUUGAUCAAUAAAGAAUCUCAUAUUAUUUUACUCCUCGAACUACAAAAUAUGGCUACUCUGGAAAACGACUGAUAAUUAAUAUGCUACUAACCUAUCAGCUAAUGACAAAGCAUGCACAUUAUAACUAUUACAGUAAAGAAAAUUGGCACCUCAAUGCUUCCACCAUGGGUCAGUUGCUGAACUGCUGGUCAUGAUAUAUCAUUAUAUAUUUGUGAAAAAAUGGAUGACCCUUUAACUUUUAUUUUACGAUGAUUAGCUUUUUCUCGUAAUCAAAAUGAUUUUAGCUGCUCCCAGCUUACUUCAUGGUCCGUAAAUAAUUGCACACUGCUUGGGGUCAGUUGCUGUGUAUAAGCAGUGAUUGGUAUCUUUUAUGACAUGUGUAGCUGAUGCUUAAAUAUAUGAUUAUUUUAUAUUCUUGACUCCCUUCCAUCCUGUGGAUAAUCUCAUUUUGAAUGUGGAACAGUUGGGAAGUGAACUUUAGGGGUGUACUAUUGUUUAAACCAGAUUUUAAUAAUUUUAACUAAAUAUUAAUAUCCUUAUUUAAAUCAUUUUUUCAUUUCUAACAUAGGUGAUUAUGAUGGUAGGCCUUCCAGGUGCUGGCAAGACUACCUGGAUACUAAAGCAUGUUGAAGAAAAUCCAGAAAAACGAUAUGAUGUACUUGGCACUACCAAUAUCAUUGACAAAAUGAAGGUAUUCUUAGCACCUCUGUGCACUGUUUUUUUAAAAUAUGCUUUAUGAUCCUCUCAUGUAUUUGGUUAAACACACAACUUUUACAAAUUAUUUAUUCUUUAAAUUAUCAUUUCAGUUUUCACAGCAUUAACUUUAGACAACUUUCAUGCGAGAUAAAGAAUUGAUUUUCAGCCUAAUUUUUUUCACAGGUAAACGGCCUCCCAAGGAAAGAGAACUAUACUGGACGUUGGGAUGUUCUAACUGAUAAAGCUAAUAAGUGUCUCAACAGAUUGAUUGAAAUAGCUGCUCGCAAGAAGCGCAAUUAUAUCAUUGACCAGGUAAGACACCAUAAUGCAAUUUCAUUAUUUUAAUAUCACUAUUUGCAAAAGCUAAAUUUCACAAAAGUUCAUGCUUCUGGAAGUCAACAAGUAUACUAAGGGGUAAAAAAAAAUGUCGAGUUGUUUAUUCAUCAUGUCUCAAUUGUCAAUGUCUCAGUGUAUAUGCACAAUUUGUUAAAAGUUCAAUCUAUUUUUUCCAAAAUUGGCAAUAGUGUGCACAUUGGCAUAAAUAAAUAUUUUAAAAUGAAUUUUUGUUUAAAGAAUUGGCUAUAUUUUAAAAAAAUUAUAUUUUAAAAUAUUUUUGUGAUCACCUAGCAUUUAAAAUUCUGGUAUUUACAAACAUUACUUUCUUAAGUAGCUAUUCUUAGUUUGGAAUACUAGUUUGUUUCAUUUUCUUGUAUUAAUGGAGACUAUAUGCAGUUUCCAUCAUAAAAAAUGUGUACACACUUCAGGAAAAGACAAAUUUGUACAAAUAUUUUAAUGCAAAAUUUAUUCAUGAUUAUUAAGUUUUCUUUGGCCUCCACAAUUAAAGUGGUUUUAUAAAUGGAUUGGAUUAGCUUCCAGACUUUAUUUGUACGGCUAACUGCAGCUUGAGCAACAUUGGCCAAGGUGUCCAAUGUAGGUUUUCUACGAUAUAUGAUAUCCUUUAUGAUUUUUCAAGUGUUAACUCAAGAAACUCAGUUACAUCUCCUUUGACUCCUACAAUAACCUCAAAUUUGAAAUGCCGCUUUAGAAUGGAUUUACGUUCCAAGAUAGAGAGAGAACUGUACCUCUGCCAUUUUGUCACUGUUGUUUUGGUCACUUGUUGAAAUUACACCCAUGAAGACCAUCAUGCAUUUGUCUUGUGUCUGAAUAAAUUUGGCACUAAAAUAAUUAUACGUUUUCUUUUCCUGAAGUUUGUAUACAUUUUGUGGUGGACUUUUUAUGUGGGUUAAAGAAUUUUUCCUGAAUUCAGCGCAUCUAAUCUAGAACCAGAAAUUGACACUAUUGUUUUUAAAGUUGGUUUAAGUAAAGUAAAUAAAGCAAAAGGCUUGUGACACGUAAGCAUUUACAAUAAAAAUUAAUUAACCCUUUCAGUACCGUAACUUGCAUUAAGAAAUUACCUUCAGUACCAAGCAAUGGGAAAUAUUUUAUUCAUAAGUUGCUGACUUGUUAAAAAUCAAUCUUUCAUCCUGUCAUUAAAUUACCUAUAAUUAUGUAAGAAAAAUGUAAUUUUAAUUAAAAUAAGUCCACAUUAGGACCAGUUAACCUUAAAAUUUGUCAAUGUCAAUGAAAUGCAAUAGUCGGAUCAUUUAGAUCUGUCAACAUCUUUAUCUUCUGACCCAUAUGGAAUUUCAAGAUUUUGAACUAAUUCAAUAUUAACAACACUUUUAUUUCUAUUAUAUAUUUCUGCAUCAAAUUCAUCACUGUCAACACUUAAAGCCAACAUACUUGCCGUUUGAAGCGAUUCUAAAAAGCCAAUAGCAUUUUUCAUAGACAUACUGUCAACAAAUCUCUUCACAUAUAAAAAUGCAAAAACUUAAAAUCAAAUGCGGAUACAGCAAAAUCCAAUAAAACAAUAGCUUGACACUUCCUGUUUAUAAAAUAGGCUCUUUGUAACUCCAUAAAAAGUGCUCUUUGUAACUCCUUAUUACCUUCACUAGUGUUGAAAAUGGUGUGUGGUUUAUUGCAGGAUUUGUAGGAAAUUCCAUUAAGGCAUUAGUGCUAUAAUGCUACAAACAUGAAAUAAACACAUUAAUUUGCUUGAUAAAUGUUAUAAAAAACCAAUUAUUCUGGAUUAUACACAAAACAAAUUCAAGCGAUAUACAUUUAAAAACUUCCAGUUUUUUUAUAAGUACAUUCAUAAUAAAUUGUGUAAUACAUAUGAUGUGGUACUACAAGAAAGACUUGUACAAUAUCAUAGAUUAAUUUGUACAAUAUCAGCUGCACAUCAUAUUGUAAAUUUAUAUUUAAAAAAAGAGCUUUCAAUUUCUGUUAAUGAAAAGAAACCAGUAAUCUAAAUGCAAAAUUAUUUUAAAAAAUGAAUUAUUUCAAUUUUCCAUAUGAUGCUGAAAAUUAGAUAAUUUGAUUUAAAAAAAUUAAGGUUCAAACAGCUGACUUUUAAAAAAAAUAUAUAUAUUUAUAUAUUUUUAUAGUUAUUCAAUAGAAUUGUGCUGAAAGACCAGAAUUCAUUGGUGAAAAUAAAGUGGUAAUAAAUGGCUUUUAUUUGAAAUUGUUAAAUAUACUAUGCCUUAUCAAUAAAAAUAAACUGAAAAAUAAAAAGAGCUUCAAAAUCAAAACUCUUUGGAUAUUGGCAGAGGGAAUAUUUUAAUUUCCUUUCCCUUUAUGCACAAUUUUUUAUCUCCUAAGUUAUCUAAAAAUAAUUUAAUAUAUUAUUCUUUUAUUAUCUGAAAUCCUGUAUGACAAGGACCUUAAUUUAAAUUUUAUAAUUGGCUUUAGUUAAUAUUUCUUGAGAUGUGAUAGUAAAAUAAUUCAUUUUUUGGAAAGGUGUAAAGUCACAAUAUUAUAUUUUCAGUCUUGAAAUUAAUUAACAUUCAUAAUGUAAAUGUGCACUCUAUUACACUCAGAUGCCACAAUGAUUUUAAAGGUUACUCACAAAUUGGUCAUGAAUGAAAAGAGUUUACCAUAAUAUAUCAUAAUAGAAUUGAAGAAUCAAAGAGUAUACUUUGUGAAUCUAUUUACUUCUUUAAAAUAACUUCACAUGAAAAGUAUGGGAAAGGGAAAGAACAUGGCACAAAUUUAAGUGUUCAUUUUUAAAGAAGAGUGAUUUUUUUUAGAACAAUUUUAAGAGUAAUACAGAUUUAUUCCCAUAUAAAGAAACUGUAUUUUUAUUAGUUCAAGAAACAAAUGCAAAGCUGGAGGUGGAAAUGUGAGAAGAUCCUGGUUUAAAAAUUUUUUAUAUUUUUUUGAAGGAAAUCUCUUUCUCAUUUACACAAAUUAUACUCAAUCAUUUAUUUAAUUGUUUAAAAAAAAAAGAAGAUUUUUAUAAGAUAUUAUUUGCCAACCAGCUGGGCAUUGAUAAAGUUUGAAAAUUAUGAACAUUGCAUUUUGCUAGAUCCUUAAAUGAUGUUUUAUAAUCCUGUAAACAGAAUUUAGAAUUUGGAAAUAAACAUGUCCAAGGAUUUAAUGGCUUCAAAUAUGAGAAACAUUUUCAAAUGUGUAAUCUUAUUUUUAAAUGCUAUGAUAUAACUACCUUUUUUUAAAAGUUUUAUGAAAUCCCAAAAUGGAAAAUAAUAUCAAAGUGCUCUUUUUGAUUUCAUUUUCGACAUAAUAAUUAUUUUGUAAUCAAUUUUUAUUCUGAAAAUGUAAUUAAUAGAAUCACUGAAUAAAAUUUAAUUUCAAAAUAUUUCUUCAAUUGAAUUUUAAAAAUCUUUUUAGCUCUCAAACUUUUGAAUCAAUUCAUUUACAUGCUAUCAACAUUCAUUGCUGAUUUUGUACAAAUUUUUGAAGUCGUAUUCUUUAUACGUAAAUAUAUAGCUGUCAAUGGAACAGAAAAGAAAAAAGCUAAUAUUUCUAACCCAAAAAUGGGUAUCAUAAUUAAUCAGACAUGUAAGUGUACUUCAUGGCUAUUAAAUUAGAUAUUUAAUAUAAAUUUGGUUUUAAAUAAAUUAUACAUAUUUUUUCCCCAUAUUAAUUAAAAUCAGAAUUUUUCAUAUCUAUUUAUAUUUUUUAGCCAGUGAUAUAUUUAAAAAAAUGUUCUGUUUAGUUUUAACUUAACUUCUAUCACUAACUAAAUUAAAAAGAUGUGCACAGUAUUCCUAAAUGCCUGACAUCAGAAAAAUUUGUUUGGUUUGGGAACAAUUUAUUGAAUAUAAAGUGUUAGUAAAAAUAGAUUUGUGCAUAUACAUUGUUUUGUCUUGUGGAUGGUAAUAUAUCAACGUCGUUUCAAGUAUUAUUUUAAAGUAAGUAUUUAGGAAAGCUAUCUAGGCACUUACUUUAUAAAACUUCACCACUGAAUAAAUCCAGACUUGAAAGACAUCAUGGAGUAAUGAUUUAAUUAGAAUGUAUUAUAUCAUUUUAUUGAUGUGAAUGACUUAAUGGAGAAAUUGUUCAAAUGAUCAUGACCAUUUGUAGAAUAUGAUGAAGUCAGUUUCAAAGAAAUAAAUUCUAACAUGCUAUUUGAUGAAGUUAAAAUAUUAUCUUGCAAUGAAUGAAAACCACAUAUACCGUAAAAUAUUAUAGAGAUGUUUCCUUAGUAAAUUUCAAUUUUGUUAAACACUCUUUGGAGCUCAUAUUUAAAGUAAAGGUAAGUGGAUUAAAUAAAUUGCAUCGCUAAUCUUGCUAUUUUAUUUCAGUUUCAUUAUGGUAAGUAUGCUUUCCUCAACUUCAAGUUGGAGAAAAUUCACUUACUUUGUAGGGUCCCUUGUUAGGAGGAAUAAAAAGGUAGUUACUCCCUGAAUCCAAAUAAUACAACAUUGUCUUGAAGUAUUUGCAGAUAGUUGGCGUGCCUCGUUUCAUGGAAUUUAGGGGGUUGUGUGAAACAUAAUUAAAGAAUUGGACAGCUGAGAAUCAUCGUCGGCAGGAAUCUUGAAAAACUCAUUAAAUAUUUUUUAUAUUUUGUUGCCACGCUAGACAAAUGUGUAUGCAUCAGCCCGGAGACGUAAAAUGCAGCCUUUUGAAGGUUUUCAACGCAAGGCUGUAGUGGUCUUGCCAACUGAUGAAGUGUUCAAAAAUCGUGUGAAGGAAAGAACAGAUGAAGAAGGAAAGGAUAUAACAGAAAAUGCAGUUAACGAGAUGAAAGGUAAAGAUUCGGAGAACUGCGGAGCCAUCAACAAUUGAUCUCUAAAAUCUCUAGUACAAGUUAAUGUUUUGAGGAAAUAACAAGGCAGGUACCUGAAGCAUAGAAUAAAGAAAUAACGCACGAUGCGCAUCUUCAAUACUUGGUUUGGAAAAAAAAACGAGGGAAUAUCAGUUGUCAGUCGUGGGGGUAACUAUUCAACGUCUACAGCUUUUCAGCGUUUAGGAUUUACACCUUCUUUCAUCUUAUACUUUCUCUAAACUCAUGGAUUUAUUUCUAUCUUUUUCUAUUUUUUUUUCUUUUUCUUGCAUGAUUCAAAACCAUGUUUUUAUCCCAGCAUUUUGUAAUACAAGCAUUACAUGUCCUUUGAAAUAAAAUUGGAAGUUAACAAUUAAGGGGCUUUAAUAACAAUCAAAGCUUCACCUAUUGGAUUAUGUUUAAUAACAUAAUCAAUGGAAAACAUUUUGCAUAGUUUUAAUGCUGUGAAGGAAUAUGCAUUUUAUUUAUUAAACUCACUGAUAAUUUAUAAAAAUGAAGAAUUUAAAGACAUGAAUCUGACUGAUAUAAAUUAAGAAUAAUGGAAACAAUUUUUUUCAAAUUCAAUUCAAUGACAAAGGUUUGUUGUAGGAAUUCAGAUUAAUUUUUCAAACCACACUAGUCACCAUCAUACUUGUUGAUUGAAAAUAUCACUAUUUCUUUUUUUUUUUAUAGCCAACUUCACACUUCCUGAAGAAGGCCAGUGUUUUGAAACUGUUAUUUACACUGAAGAAGAACCUAACAAGGAAGACAGAGAAAAAUUAAUUGAACAAUAUCGUAAAGAAGGUAGAGAUGCACUCCCUCCACCCGAUAAGCGUUUCAGAAGAGACAGUAAGUUUUCACAAUAUAAAUUAAAGUUAAUUGAAAUAAAUUUUGAUUUCAUCAUUUGUUAAAGUAAUUUACAUGUAGGUUGUCUUUAAAAAAUUGACAUUUAUAGCGGUAUUCCCAAGUUAUUACUAUGUCUUGCUGAAGAAUUUUCUUUUUAAAUAAUAAAAGGGUUACUCUUUUAAUCAAUAAAUGGAUUCAUAACUUCUUGAAGUAUGAAAGAAAAAUGUAUUUUAAAAUUUAUUACUUAUUUGUGCUUUGUUUUUUAAGAAAUUUAUGCAAAACAGUUUAUUUAAUGAAAUGUUUUGCUUUGUAAUAAAAUUAUGAUGACUUGAAAAUAAUCCUUGAUAUAACUAUAAAAAUUUUCUAUUUUUGUAUGGAAAAAUCACUUCUUGCAGACAAAUAUUUUAAAAACAGUUUCAAGAAUGAGAUCAAUGCUGAAAAUGAUCUUAAUAAAAUAAAUUAAAAUUUUUGUAAUGCAAUUUUAAAUACAUGGUACUGAAAUGCAUAAAGCAUUGUAAUAGCUUGCAUAAAAAUUUCCAUAGUCUUAAAAUUACUUGAAUUUUAAAGUUGCUUUUCAAAUUGGUCAUUAUCAUUUCUAUUUGACAACACUAAUUACUUUGUUUUUAUUUUAAGUGUUAAAAAGUAGAGGCCACGAGAAAGUCCACAAUUUCAUUACUUAGAACUUUUGGUUAAAAAUCUAAGCUUGUUAACUCCAAUACUCAACAUCAAAGUAAGGUGGAGCCUCUUAAGUUGACCUCUUUCUUCUCUGACAGAAAUAUCUACUCCGGAUUGCCUCCUUUCCACACAUAAAAAAACAAACGCACACUUACUUGGCUGGCAAAUUUGUUAUACCUUUUUGCAGUAGUGGCUUUUCCCAAAGCCCACACUAGGCAGUGCAGCUUUUCUCAAAGCCCUUUCUAAGCAGUACAGCAACUGCUUUGGUUGAGGAUGAGCUGUGACAUAAUUAAACAUAUAGCCCACUAAGAUUUUGAUUAAUUCUCUUCAUAAAUUAUAUUAUAUCAAAGUUAUGAAUUAAGUAUUUUUGUAUAAAAAGUGUCUAAACUCGUAUAUUUGAAUAAUUACAAAAUGCCAUCUGAUAAUAUUCUAAAAUAAAAGCAAAAGUUGAUUCAUAUUGUUUCAGUCACUCUUAUAAUUUGGAUUGCAGCCAUUAAAAAAUAAUUACCCCUACAUUUUAAAAAAAUAAUAAUUUUUUUUGUUAUCUUAAUUUAAUUGCAUAUUUUAUAUAAGUUUUGAGAUUUUUUUCGAAAAAGGAUAUGCAAAAUUGUAAAUAAAUCAAAGUUAAAUAAAUGCCUUUCAUUUUAUUAUAUUAUAUACUAAAUUUGUAAAAUAAAAUUCCUACAUCUUUUCAUAUUUAAUACAUCCCUUUUUCAUUAUGCCUAAUAAAUGUGUUUAAUUAAAAAAAUAAUGCCUCGAUGUAAAAGAAUUAGAUAUUUCAUAGUAACUAAGCAUUAUAUGUAUAUAAAGUUCAUAUAUUCGCCAGUCCAAAAGAAACUUUUAAAAAAACAUUUCAAAUUUAAUUUUCAGGUCGUGAAUUUAGGGGUGAUCGUAGAGGUGGCUAUCGUGGUGGACAAGACAGAGAUCGCCGUGGUGGUGGUUUUAGAGGAAAUCGGAGCUACAAUUCUUGGAGACCUUAUAAUGAUCGCAGAGGAGGAGGGGGAGGAUCAAGUCGUGGAGGAGGUUACAGAGAUGAUCGCCGUCGUGAUGACAGGAGUGGAGGUUAUAAGGUAAGAUAGAUUAAUUCAGAUGUCCUCAAAUGGCUCAAUAUUUACUUUUUAAAAAAAAAUGUUUCCUCUUAAAAUUUCCUUUUGAAUUUUAAUUUAAAUGUUUUGUUUUGAGAAAUUACAAAAUUUAACCCUCUUGAGACAGAGUCUUUUUGGACUGACAGAGCCAAGAGUACUGAACCCUUUUCAUAUAUUUUGCACUUACUUUUCAAAAAAAUGAAAAAAAUAAAAAUUAAUUACUUUACAACUGUAAAACUUUAUAUUCUUGUAGGGAAUGGAAUAAACUAAUAUGAUCUUUAUAAAUCAAACUGAAAUCUAGACAUUUAUUGACAUUAGAUAUCCUGAAUUGCAUAAUUUAUGCAUGUACAUUUUUUUUACACUUAGAUAAAAUUGUCUAACUUUUUAUUAAAUUUUUAUGAUUGUUGAAGCUUAAAUAAGUCCUAAACCAAUUAGAUUGAGAUUCAAUUUGAAAAACUGCAUAAAAUAUUCCCCUAGGACUGCUUAUGCCUUCAUUUAUAGGGCUCACUAGGUACCAAAAAAAUUGAUUAUAAAAUACAGAAAAUCGUAAAAUAUCAAUGUAAGCUGCAAUUAAAAUGGCGAGAUGGGCAAGAAAUGGAAGAGUCAAUCUGAUUGGCUGGUACAAAGACUAGAUAAUAAUUUAUGGACUGCAUUCAAGUUGCUUAAAUAAAAUAUAUUGGUGAAGGCUCUCUGCCGAAACGUCAAAAUCUUUUGUCCUGUUUAUGAAUUCAAGUUUAGCAUACCUUGUUCUUAUAUUACAAAGACCAGCCAGCCAAUCUCAAGGCUUUUUUUUUUGGGCUGAUAGAUCAGCUUUUCUUUUUUUCGCCAAACACUCUGGGCAGAAAGACCUGCCUAGCCGCCUCAAGCGGGUUAAAAUAAGUACCAUUUGAAAAAAUAAUUUCAUAUCUAACAAGAAUAAGCUGUUUUUUAAUUAUAAGUUAUAAGACUUGGCCACCUAUUAGUAAUUGUGUGUCUAUCAUAACCAAUAAUUAAUAACAAAUUUAUACACAUUAUGUACUUUGUCUUUACAUCACUUAAUGGAAGCUUGCUAAAAAUUACUUUUAAAAUGUAUUCAUGCUUCAUUGUUUUCUGUUGCUUGCAUGCUAAUUUCUUUAGAGCACUUUUUGCUUUGUAGAAGCCAGCUAAAGGGGGAUUAUUAUUUAGAAAGAAAUCCAUUUUAAAUAUUAUGUCAAAAAUUAAUUCAUCAAACCGAUUUUAAUAUAUUCACAUUGCAAUUAUAUUUUAAUUUUUCUAUAAUCCCAUUUAAAAAUUUUAGCUUAUUGAAUUUGUUUCAAUGUUAACUCAUUAAUUUCCAUGAUUUUAUUAUUUUCAUAGGAAGUAGGGUUGAGCCGGGUACUGACCCGAAUAUACCUAGUAUUAGCACACCAUGCACACACCGGGGCCGGGUGUUAAAAAAAAAGGGUGUUAAAAAAAAGAGUUAUCUUCUCAUUUUUUAUUUUGUGUUCUACCCAAUGGGGGAAAAAUAGUUUUUUUUUACAUAUUUAUGUGUAUAUUUUACCUGAAUUAAAUAAAUAAUAAUAGAAAUCUUACUAGAGACAUCGGUUUCUCAUUUCCAAGUAUAAUUUUGGUGCGGGUCCCCACAACUUGGCAAAUGUUAUAAAGCGGUCUGAAAAGGUUGCAAACCGCUAGGUUAGAAUUUUAUUAUUAAGCUUUAGUGUUUUGAAUCCCUUGUGAUUGCACUUUUCAGGAUGGAACAGAUGCAUUUUUUUUUUGUAACACCCGGACUAACAGAUAACUUUUUUUUUGUAACACCGGACUCAGACCCGACGAAUGUUAUCUCAAAAUACCCGGACUGGGUUAUCCCUAAUAGAAGGUUCAAUUUUAAGUCUUAAUUGUGCUACACCCUUAUAUUAUACAUCACUCGACAGGAACUUGAAUGUAGCUUCUGAAUACAGUAAGAUUGUUUACUUGCAAAUGUCAUUCACAUGACAAUAGUUCAAAUGUGUAAACUUAUUAAAUUUUCAUGAAUUGUCCUUUUCUAAAAAAUCCUUUGAGGCUCUUACAGAUAAUUAAACUUGGGCACUUAAGUUUAAAAAUAAGCAAGUUACACAUUAGGGCAACAUAUUCUUUCAGGACCAGGGAAGGCCCCGUAUUAGGUGCUUCUGAGUCAACAUUGGAAUUAUUGAUUAAUAUUUAAAUCCUUAAUACUUUUCUCUACCAUAGUUUCUAACACUAUCUUCAUCAGAAAGAAACAAGAUAAUUCAUUUUUUCUUAUUUGCAGAGGACUUUUGCAGCAAUAAUUAACUAGUUUUAUUUACAAUCCAUUCUAUCAUCUUCAUCAACACUACAAAAAAUACAUAUCCACAACACUAAUAGCCCAAUAGUUAACUAACAACACAAAUGCUUGGUUAACCCUCAAAAAAUUCUUUAAAAAAACAAUCUGAAUGGGCUCAUGAGAUUUCUGGUUGUACCAGUUUAUGAGAUUUAGAAAAUUUUAAAAAGAAUGAAUGGUAACAUGUGCCAUUGUUGCCUUCUUAAUAAUUUGCUUUUUUCAUUUUGCUCAAUUGCUUUGAAACUUAAAUAGAGUCUCAAAAUUACAUGUAAUCAAAUGUUUUCAAUCCUUUUACAAUAUGUAAUGAUGAUUAUCCUUAGGUAUUAUCAUUUCAAAAUGCUUUUCAAUAGGAUUGGCACACUUUCAUCUUUAUAAAUAAUUGAAUUCAAGAUUCAUAACAUUUUUACAAUGGAAAAAAAAUAGUUCAUACUUGUUUUAUUUUUAAAUUCUCUAUAUUCUUGUCAUAGACAAUAUGCUGUGCUGUUUUAAUCUUUAGAAAUGAGUUCUUGUCAAUUUAAAUGUUAAAAUAAAAUAACAUGCAUUAAACAAAAUGAUAUAGCUUCUAUGGAACCCCAUUAUAUCGUGUUAUGGCAUGGAUCCUGAAAAAUUUUUUGAAAUAAAAAUAUUAAUGUGCAAAUGAAUAUAAAUAAAUAAGUGAAAAAAAUAUUAAACUUUAUUUUGUGGAUGAGAUCACAAAUUAAUUUAAAUUUAUAACAUGAUUUUGUAUGGCGUUGUUCCUAAAAUUUAAGCUAAUUAACAUCAAAGAGCAAAAUCUGCAUGUCGGUUGACCUUGGCAUUGUUAUUAGACAGAAUUAUACCCAUUCGUUUAAGGCUUCUAUAGCACUGUGUGAUAUGUGUAUUGGUGUGAUUAUUGGGAUGCAUUAAUAGCAAAUGGGGUAGGGGGUAUAAAAAAAAUGUAAAACUUCAAAUAAACUUCUUAAUGCGAUUCGAUUUUAUGACCUCAUUUUAGUGCGGUUCCACUGUAUUUACUAAAAACCUAUACAUGAAAAUUUAUUCUAGGGCCUUUUACGAUUUUGUUCAUUUUGUAUUAUCUUAGAUAUAAUUUAUUUUGUAGAUAGGAUAUGAUGUGCUUUGGAAAACAUGAUCUUUUCAUAAAAUUGCUUAACAAUCUACCCUAAAGUUGUAGUAUAUUUAAGGGAAAGAUUAAUGGCCCCAUUUCAUGACAUAAAGAAAAUGAAAAACCAAAUGAACUGUUUUACUAAAACUUAUCCAAAUCCUUUUUUUUUUAAAUUUGCGUUAUUUCACUCUUGAUAAAUAAUUUAGUGUUAUCUAUCCUCAUCAAGGAGUCCUUAUGUAAUAAAUUGAUUCAUUCUCAGGGUGGACGUGGAGGUUGGGGAGCCGGUCAGGGCUGGGGAAACCAAGGGGUAAGUUAUUACCAGCUGACACUUUCUUUGAAGUGACUAAUUUUAUGUGAAGAUUUUGUUGGAAAUGGUGCACUAAACUGAAGCAUUCAUCAGUUAAAGGGGAUAACUCUCAAAAAUGUAUGCUAGUGCAUCAUUUAUAUUACAGAGGGAUCGUGAAUCCUUUUAAUGAAAAUAGGAUAUGAAAAUGUAGUUUUUUAUAAAAUUUAAAAAGUACCAAAAAAGUCUUGGGGAUUGACAAGCUGUCAGAAAAUGAACCCUCAUAUUUUUAAAUGAGGAUAACAGCAUGUGAUCUAUUUGUAUCUUUGUAUCUUUGUUUUUUUUAAAUUUCAUUUUUGCUUUACCAUAUCUAAAAUUGUUGUUAUUUUUUAAUGAAAAGUUUGUGGAUGUUCAAAACUGCAUUUUAGAGAAUUAAUGUGUUUUCUCCUCUAUAUAAGCUUAGCAAUUUUAGUAUAACCUAGACUUGCUAAUAUAUUAAGCUUCAGCUUCAAUUGAACUUUCUCUUAAUGCAUGAAUUUACUCUGAUGAAAACUUGGUGAACUUGUACAUGUUACAUCAGUGCUGCCCAGCCUGUGGUUUUAAAUGGUCUUCCACAGCUUGAGAAAUUUUUCUGUGGGUAAAUUGUGUAAAAAAAAUAUAACAUUUUAGGACGUAAAUAUUUUCAAACGAAAUUAAUUGAUUCUGUAUUUUUGAGAACACAGGAGAAGUUUUAACAUAGAAAAUGGGGGAGGUCACAAAAGCUAACGAUUGGGAAGGCUUGACUGUUAGCAGUAAAUUAUGUUGGCACAUUGAGAAAUCAAAAGUAACUUUAUUUGUAGCUAUUUGGUCAUUGUAAAAAUGUCAUGCAUUCAUCAAGUUAUCGACUGCUUUCUAUGAUGAUAUAAAUAUUGCAAUUUUUGGGUCAGAGUAAUCAAGAUGGGAGCUGUGGGACUAAAAGUAUCACAAAUGACUAUGAUGGGCAGUGUGAACAAUUUAUGUUAGUGCUAUUCAGUCUGGGAGGAAUUGUGAGAGACAGUAGGGAUGAUUCUUGAAAAUAUUUUAAAAAAAAAAAACAAUGUAAGAAAGUGUGGCCAAAUAAAUUCUCGAUGGCAUUUGUUUUUUCUGACGGAUUUCCGCUAGUAUGGAAAUGUAACAAAACUUUGUUUUUGCAAGCACCUAUGUCAGUGAAGUUAGAUUCUCUGUAAUGACCAACCAGUCCAAAAAUCAUUAAGGCUUAGGGGAAAAUUUAGAAAAUCUAAUGAGGGCAGGUGCUUCUACAACUACCUCAAAUUGAAAAAAUUGCAAGUACAAUCCAAAGCAAAAUAUUUUAUAAAAAAAGCACUACAAUGUUUGUUUUAUUUAUAUUCUUGAUGAGCCGAUAAUGCUAUUAUAUGAAUUUUUUACAAAAGAUUAGAAGUAUUAAUAAUGUGUAUAAUUUUCUAAAAUUUGAGAUGUCAUGUGCGGCCCUUGGCUUUUUUUUUUUACUCACUGAGUUAAAAAGUUUGGACAGCAUUGUGUUAACAUGAUUAAAACGUGAAACCUUAUUUUAAAAUAUAUUUUAUAGUUAAUUGAUUUUCUUAUUACUUUCAGUGGGGCUACAAUCAAGGCUACAACCAAGGAGGAUGGGGAGGCUAUGGACAAAACUAUAACCAGGGAAGCUGGAGUGGUUACAAUUCUGGAUCUAGCAACCAUGGCCAUGGAUGGGGGGGAAAUUAUAGUUACAAAUAAAUGAUUUUGAUAACCUCACCUGAGAAGGAGUUAACCAAUAGGAUGAAUGCACUCACAUUUCCAUCUUUUUAUUGCAGCUAUUUUUAUACUUAUUGAGGCCUUGGUCUUUAAUAACAAAUUAGUCACAAUGUCAUUAAUAUACAAAGACAAGUGUAAAUGAAAUUUUGGGCAAAUUUAUUUACCAUCUUUAAAUAGAGAAAAUAAGAACAACUAUUGUAGCUUUAAACCGAGGCUUCAAAAAGUAAAAAUUGAGGUGAAUAAUUUGUAAUAAUAGUGUCAUCAAAAGCCACAUUUUAAAUUGUAAAUAGUACUGCCAUCUUUAAAAUGCAAAUUUGGUACAGGUAUAUCUUAACCUUUAACUUUAAAUUCUUUUUAAAGCUCAAAAUGUGUUCCAUCUGCAAGCACUGAUCCUUCUUAUUUAUUGUGUAACCAUAUCUGUUUUUUUAAAAUGAGAAAAUCACAUUUUUAGUACUAUGCUUUGGAUCUGAGUCUACUGACCUCAUUUUCAGCAUUAAUAAUAUGCUUUUGGAAAAUUGAACAAGUAGACUUGCCUUGCUUUUAAGAUUUUUAUUAUUCUGUAUUGUCCAUUUCUUGUAUUUUGUGUACCAUAAAUCUGUUGAGGGUGCUCUCAAUCAGUGGUAUUCUAACUUAGGUGCUAGAAUCUCCCUAAUAUUGAUUUCCUUUUAAAAUAAACACAAUUUUAAAAUUUCAUAAUUGAUUUUGUUACCUUAAUAUUAUCAUUUUUUUUAAACUUAAGGGAAAAACACAUUUCUUCAAUUUUUUAAAAGUAAAAUUAAUAUUCAAAGUAUAUUUGGUUGCCUGUGAAAGGGUUAUCCGAAUUCCGGUCUGAAUACCACUGCUAUAAUAAUGUAUUUUCUUUAAUUAUCGAUAUCACUUUGCCUGCCACAUUUAUAAACACUGGCCAGGUAAAUGUUAGUGAUAUUUGAUCACUGUUUUCUUAAGUAAAAUUAAUCUGUUUUUAUUUUAAAAAAAAUUCAUUUGCACCCUUUAGGAAUGAUAAAUCUGUUAAAUUUUGGGAGGGAAAAUAAAAGAGGCAGCAUGGAAACUUCUCAUCCCUGAUUUAACCUGGGCUGUUUAUGUACAUUAUAGUGGACAGUUUGUUACUGUACUGAAAAAUCUUUUUUUUAUUCCAUGUCACAUUUGGUUAUAACUGGCUUAGCUGUUAUUUUGUUUAGUUUUUUUGCAAUAAAUAUCAUGUUAUGAACAAUG